AUGCGAGCGACGAUCAAGGAGCUGCGCGACGAACGCGCCGCGCUGUUGGCGCGCGAGGAGCGCGUGACGCACAUGGUGGACGUCGCCGAUCGAGAGUACCGCGCGGAGAGGAAACGGUUCGAGAGCGCGCUCGCGGAGACGCGAGACGAGGUGAAGGCGCUGCGAGCGAAAGCGGCGAGCGAGGCGAACGAACGCGAACGGGAUCGCGCGCGGCGCGGCGCGAUGGAGCGCGAGAGCGCGGACGCGCGCGAGGUCGAAGCGGCGCUGUCGAGACGGAGGGACGCGCUCGAACGCGAGGUGGAGGCGCUCAAGGAAACGAAUCGCGAGCUUCGUAAGGAAGCGGUGCGCGCGAAAACCACGGGGCAACGCGCGGAGUGGCUCGAAGGCGAGGCGGAGCAAACGCGCGCGAGAUUGAGCGCGAGCGAGGCGACGGUGAAGCAACUCAGGGCGGAUUUACAAUUUGAAAAGUCAAACGCGACAAAGUUUGAGAGCAAGCUCAUCGCCGUCGUCAAGGAAAAAGAAGCAUUGGAAAAGGCUCACCAGGCCAAGGACGCAAAGAUCGAGCAGCUGCAGAAUCGCGUGGACGAGCAGGUGAAGAAACUAGGCGCGGCGUCGAGCGAACUUCAAUCGCUCGCGGCAACGAAGCGCAAGGACGCCGACUUGAGCGCGCGCGAACACGAAUUAAAGGUGAGCUACGCCGCGCUGAAAGCGCGAGAGGCGUCGUGCGCGAGUCGUGAGAAGGCGUUGGCGUUGAAGAAGGAUGUCGGCGCGCGAACCGAGGCGUCGGCGGCACUGCCGUCGGCGUCGAUGACGCCGACUCUGGCGACUACGCCGGCGUCGACGUCCAAGCCGCCCAUCUCCAGAUUUGCCGAUAUCGCGCGACGAUACGUGUUCACGCCCGGUUUGAACCCGCGCGCGAACGACACACCGACGAAGACGACGCCACUGAGCGCAAAGUCCAAGCAGCUCUUCGCCGCGGUGGUGGACAAGGCGCAAAGCGCGGCCAAGGCGAGCGCGAGCAAGGCGGAGCGGGCCAAGACGGCGACCGCGGUCGGGAUGUUCAACGCGCUUCAAUCCGUGGUGGGGUUCAAGGACGGCACCGCGUCCACGUCUGAGCCGAAGAAGAUCGCCGCACCCGCGCUGACGCCGUCUAAGAAGACUUUAGAGACGCACUUUCCGUCGUCACCGACGAAACCGACGCCCGCGAACGAGAAACCGGCCGAGGAAAAGGCGUCGGAGAAGAAAUUUUCGUUGGAAGAAUCCGAGCGUCCAUCGACGCGUCGAUCCCGACGCGCGGCGCCGACCGCGACCGAGACGGAGGACGCGCCGAAACCGAAGAAGGCGCCGGCGAAGAAGAAGGCGAAGGCGGCGGAACCGGCGACGGAACCGGCGACGGAACCGACGACGCGAAAGCGCGGUCGAACCGCGAAGAAACCGUCGACGUCCGAACCCGAGCGCGAGGCCGAUGCGGACGACGAACCGGAGGUGAAGUGCGGACGCGGCCGUCCGCGCAAAACCGUCGCGGAGGACGACGUGAACGCGCCCAAGCCCGCCUCGCGACCGCGAGGUCGACCGAAGAAGUCCGAAGCGGCGUCGACGGCGAAAGCCGACCCGCUCAAGCACUUGCAAGAUUUCUUAAGUUCAGGCCCGAAGGAAGCGGCGCCGACGACGCGUCGAUCAACGCGAAGUCGCCGCGCGUGA